UACAGGAUGGGCUCGACUCAGUUUUAUUCUUCGUCUUUGUAAUCUGUACACUCUCUACAAUGAAUUUUAUUUUGUUUACCUUUACUUUUAUUACGAUUGUAUAUUUUGUUGCUGCUUUGAGUAUUAUAAAAGAUGACAGCAAGAGGCAUCGGUUUCCGAGAGAAACUGGCAAUUCAGAUCCUACUAAAAUAGUCAGAGAUUUUUUGCGAGAAGCCAGGUCGGAGUCUGGAGAAGUGGACUUGAACGCUCUGCUGACGGAAAAUGUCGUGGAUCCGACGACGCUGUCGUCGUUCAACAUAUCCAGCGACGGCUUCAUCACCAAAGUUUUCGGCAUGUUCACAGAACUGCAGUUGUAUGGCCUGAAGGACUUUCGCGUGAAAAAAGUGUCGAUGAGCCUUGCUCAGAUGAAUCUUUCAGCAGAAAUGUUCCUCCCAGUCUUGAGCAUUGUUGGACAUUAUUACCUAGAUGGGACAGUGACUUUUUUCCCAAUAUCUGGAGAAGGUCCAUUCUGGAUGAAUAUGACUUCAAUUAUUCUCACCGGGCAUUCUCUCAUCGAAACAACUCCAGCAGGAAAAUUAGCAAUGGGGGACAUCCAGCUGAACAGCGUGGUUGAAGAUAUAAGUCUGCAUUUCGAGAACCUUAUGGGAGGAGGAGCCUGGGGUUCCAUAUCCAACAGCCUUUUAAAUCAACUAAGCGAGAUGAUACUUGGAGAACUCAAACCCACUCUACUUAGCGAGCUUAGUUCCUAUUUAAAACACCAGUUUGAUGAUGUUCUGUUCGAGCAACUACCUGAUGGCUUCAUGGGUCCUGGCUCAACAAAUCUGGUGGAUAAUAUCUUGGAGCGAACUUCAGCCUUCAUGGUGGAGAGAAAGAUGGAGCCGAUGUCGUUGCCCAAUUUGAAAGAAGUUUAUGAAAGGCAAAUUCUUUUCAUGACAACAAGGGGAGAAAUCGGUAUGUACAACGGAACUUUGCACGGGCUGUCGACUAUCAACAGACGCGGAGAUGUCGUGACUGUAUUCGAAAACAAUUCUUUUGAGCUCGAAGCAGAUUUUGGAUUCGACAACUUGACUGGUAACUAUUCAUGGUUCGCUGACGUUAUGGGAGUAAGAACUAGUGGAACCAUGGAUAUUCAAGUGAAAGACGUUGAAGGAUUCGUGAGACUCAAGCAGCAACUGAAGUCCGGGAGCCGUCUUGAGUUGGACACUCUUUAUGUUAAAGACAUUAGACAUGUGUGGUUGGAUCUUCAGGGCUUAGGGACUUGGGACUACUUGAUGGAAUCUGUUGUUAAUCUUGUUACAAAUGGGUUGAAGCUACAGCUUGCAGACGCAAUAACACAACCUGUGAAGGAGAGCAUUCAAGAACAGUUAGAUGCUUUAAACAUUGGUAUUCCGUAAAGUUUAAGGGAAGGGGACAUAUGUUUAUUUAUUUUCUAUCAAAGAAACUCCAAUUGUAUUUCUUGGAUAAAUUAUUUGUUGUUUAUUCAUAUUUUAAAACUAUGAAAAGUUAUUAGCAAAU